AUGUCCACCCCGAACAUGCUAACCAAGGCAAGUCGCGCUGCGCCGUCGGCGAAGGGCAUUGCCUUCCACCCCAAGCGGCCAUGGAUCCUCGUCUCCCUGCAUUCGUCCACGAUCCAGCUCUGGGACUACCGCAUGGGCACCCUCAUCGACCGAUUCGAGGAACACGAUGGUCCUGUCCGCGGCAUCGACUUCCACAAGACCCAGCCCCUCUUCGUCUCAGGAGGAGACGACUACAAGAUCAAGGUGUGGUCGUAUCAGACGCGCCGCUGCCUGUUUACCCUCAACGGCCACUUGGACUAUGUGCGCACCGUCUUCUUCCACCAUGAACUCCCGUGGAUUCUGUCCUCCUCGGAUGACCAGACCAUCAGGAUAUGGAACUGGCAGAACCGCUCUCUCAUUUGCACCAUGACUGGCCACAACCAUUAUACAAUGUGCGCGCAGUUCCAUCCCAAGGACGAUCUCGUCGUCUCCGCCUCGCUCGAUCAGUCCGUCCGCGUCUGGGACAUUUCCGGCCUCCGCAAGAAACACUCUGCGCCGACCUCGAUGACGUUCGAAGACCAGAUGGCACGCGCCAAUGCGAACCAAGCGGACAUGUUUGGCAACACUGAUGCCGUUGUGAAGUUUGUGCUGGAGGGACACGACCGUGGUGUCAAUUGGGUUUCGUUCCACCCCACGCUUCCAUUGAUCGUCUCUGCCGGCGAUGACAGGCUGGUCAAGUUGUGGAGGAUGAGCGAAACCAAGGCUUGGGAGGUGGACACCUGCAGAGGGCAUUUCCAGAACGUCUCUGCCUGCUUGUUCCACCCGCACCAGGACCUGAUUCUUUCCGUCGGCGAGGACAAGUCCAUUCGGGUUUGGGAUUUGAACAAGCGCACCUCUGUGCAGUCUUUCAAGAGGGAAAAUGACCGCUUCUGGGUCAUUGCCGCCCACCCGGAGAUCAACCUGUUCGCUGCUGGCCACGACAACGGUGUGAUGGUUUUCAAGCUCGAACGUGAAAGGCCUGCUUCUGCCGUCUACCAGAACCAGCUCUUCUACAUCACCAAGGAGAAACACGUGCGCUCUUACGAUUUCACCAAGAACCUUGAAUCGCCGUCGAUGCUGUCGCUGAAGAAGCUGGGCAGCCCAUGGGUCCCUCCGAGAACGUUAUCAUACAAUCCUGCCGAACGCGCGAUUCUGGUAACCUCACCCGCCGAUGGAGGUUGUUACGAGCUCAUUAGCUUGCCCCGCGAUGCUAGCGGUGCCGUUGAGCCAACGGACACCAAGCGUGGAUCCGGCAACUCUGCGGUAUUCGUUGCUCGCAACAGGUUCGCCGUCUUCAACCAGGCCAACCAGCAAAUCGACAUUAAGGAUCUGGCCAACUCUACGACUAAGACGAUCAAGCCGCCUCACGGCACUACUGACAUUUACUUUGGUGGUACCGGCUGCCUUCUUCUGAUCACUCCCACUUCUGUGGUUCUCUACGACAUUCAGCAGAAGAAGCACCUCGCCGAACUCUCCGUCAACGGCGUCAAGUACGUCGUUUGGUCCAACGAUGGCCUUCAUGCUGCGCUCCUGAGCAAACACAAUGUCACGAUUGUCACGAAGAGCCUCGAGCAGGUCAGCACUCUGCACGAGACCAUCAGGAUUAAGAGUGCCACGUGGGAUGAUGCCGGCGUCCUUCUCUACUCCACCUUGAACCACAUCAAGUACACGCUCAUGAACGGUGACAACGGUAUCGUACGUACUCUGGAGCAUACUGUUUACCUCGUUAGAGUCAAGGGCCGCAACGUCUACUGCUUGGACCGCUCCGCCAAGCCCAAGAUUCUCCAGAUUGACCCGACCGAAUACCGCUUCAAGCUCGCUCUGAUCAAGCGCAACUAUGACGAGAUGCUCAACAUCAUCAAGACCUCCAGUCUCGUUGGCCAGAGCAUUAUCGCCUACCUGCAGAAGAAGGGCUACCCGGAGAUCGCACUUCAGUUCGUCCAGGACCCACAAACUAGGUUCGAGCUCGCGAUUGAGUGCGGCAACCUCGAUGUUGCGGUCGAGAUGGCCAAGCAGCUUGACAGGCCCAAGCUGUGGACCCGUCUCAGCGCCGAGGCUCUCGCUCAUGGAAACCACAAGGUCGUCGAGAUGACCUACCAAAAGCUGCGCACAUUCGACAAACUCUCCUUCUUGUACCUCUCCACAGGUGACAGAGAAAAGCUCACCCGCAUGGCCAAGAUUGCGGAGCACCGGGGUGACAUGACUUCUCGAUUCCAGAACGCUAUCUAUCUUGGCGACGUCGAGAGCCGGAUCGAGAUGUUCAAGGAGAUUGACCAAUACCCCCUGGCGUACAUGCUGGCCAAGUCAAAUGGGCUGGAGGAAGAAUGCCAAAAUAUUCUCGAAGCCAGCGGGUUGACCGAGGACCAAAUUUCUGUUCCGGAGAUUGGCCAGCCCCUGGCCCCUCCUAAGCCUGUCGUCCCUACUUACACCGCCAACUGGCCUGUCAAGAGCUCUGGCGCUUCCGUCUUCGAGAAGGCAUUGAUGGGUGAGGAGCUGGAUGCGGACGAAUUGGCGCCAGCCACCAACGGCUAUGGUGACGAGGAUCUCAUCGAGACUGAAGACGCUCAGCGCGAUGGUGGAUUUGAGGAUGCUGAGGAAGAUGAAGACGCGGCUGGCUGGGAUAUGGGAGGCGACGAUGACAUUGAGGUCGAAGACGACUUCGUUAAUGUCGAAAGUGUCGAGGCUGGUGCUGGCAGCAGCGAGGCCGAUAUGUGGACAAGGAAUUCCCCCAUUGCGGCCGAUCACGUUGCUGGUGGUUCGUUUGAGAGCGCAAUGCAGCUUCUCAACAGGCAAGUCGGCGCCGUCAACUUCAAGCCGAUCGAGUGGAGAUUCCAGGAGAUUUACCAGGCCUCAAGGACAUUCUUGCCUGCAAGCGUUGGCCUGCCUCCGCUUGUGAACUACGUGCGAAGGACAGUUGAUGAGACCGACUCCAGAAAGGUUCUUCCCAUUAUUCCUCGGGACCUGGAAUCCAUCACUGCUGCGGAGUUUGCUGCGGGCAAGAACGCGAUGCGCACCAACAAGCUGGAAGAUGGUGUCCAGACCUGGAAGAAGAUCCUGCACUUGAUGCUGCUCAAUGCCGUCACCACUCAGGCCGAGGUUGCAGAGGCCAAGAGGCUCAUCGCAACUGCUGGCCAGUACACACUGGCCAUGAGCAUCGAGCUCGAGCGCCGCCGUCUGACCAACAGCAGCCAGGACAUUUCGGCACUCGACGAAGAGGCAAGAAAACGCGCGUUCGAGCUGGCCGCCUACUUCACCGUGCCGGAAAUCGAGCCGGCGCACAAGGCGCUGGCCCUCUUCGCCGCGAUGAACUUCUCCCACAAGAACAGGCAGCACAACAGCGCGCUGUCGUUCGCCAACACCCUGCUGGACCGCGGGUCGACGAACGCCAGGUUCAAGGAGAGCGCGCGCAAGAUCAAGGCCGUCUGCGAGCGCAACCCCAACGACGCGGUCGAAAUCGACUUCGACACGUUCGCCGACUUUGAGAUCUGCGCGGCGAGCUACACGCCCAUCUACACGGGCUCGCCCAGCGUCGCUUGCCAGUACUGCGGCGUCAAGUACCAGGCCAAGUUCAAGGGCACCGUCUGCAAGGUCUGCGAGGUGUGCCAGCUCGGUGCGCCGGCGAGCGGCCUGAGGCUGUGUUUGUGA